ACCUCUCUUCUCUUCUCAUCUCAUCCAUCUGACUUUCAAGGCAAGACCUUCCCCAGAACCAUGUCCUCCCAAGUCAAAAACGAGCCUUCUACACCACCCCGGCGCAUCAUGGGUCCACCCCCGACUCCCAUAUCAUCUGGGUCGAGUGCUAAAAAUCCAAUAAGGAUCAAGUCGGAGCUUCCUAGCCCGCCUCCUACUCCUCCUCCUUCUUCUUCUCUCAGAGCGUCUCAGACCGGUCCUCAGAGGGCAACUCCUAGUCGUUCAUACAGUCGCCUAGCAUCACUCGGGCCCGUUCGCCGCGAGACUUCUAUAUCGAGGUCAAGGCCUGUGACCGUCUAUCAUCGCCGGCCUAGCGCCUCUCCAAGAGCUUCACGUGCUCCCUCAAGAACCGUGUCACAAGAGCCUUCCGCUUUGCGGUCCGGCUCCAGCUCGUCGACGGUGGGUCCAGAAAGCUGUACAUCCUUGCUGCUGUAUACGCAGAGGAGCCCGAGGCAAGGGUAUAGAGCAUCAAGGACUCGAACGCCCGCCUCUCCCGUGCCCAGCUCCCGACGUACAGCUCGACCUCGAAGCCCCUCCUCGUUUACUCUACGAGGAGCUUCAGUAGCAUCGACCGCCAUCGAGUCGAUCGACCUCGAGCCGGAGCUUCCUCCAAACCGGACGUACGGGCGAGACGUUCAGACUAGGGAACGACGUCCCAGAGACCCCCCUCCAGCACCUGCUCAACCUUCCGUCGUGAUCCCUCCUGCGUUGAGGGAUACAAAGACCGAGAUCACCGCACUGUUAGCGGAUAUCCAGGCAGAGCAUCCCGAGAGAGAAGCGGGACAGGCAGAGAUCUUGUCCGACUUGCUCCAAGCGAGUCUUGGUGAAGAUGGAAGUCCGAGGGUGGACCUCAUGAAAGCCUUGCAGGCAGAGCUCGAUUAUGAUGCUUGUGCCACAAUAUCCAAUCUGAACUCGCUCUUCACUUUAUUGGAGUUCAUCGUCACAUUGGUUGUCACCAAUCUCCCAGCCGAAUCCUCAAAGGGCAAGAACAGCAGUGGGAAGGACGCAGCUUUCAUGAGCGAGCUGCACCGGGAUAUUGAUAGUCUCAGUGGGAAUCUCACGAGGCGAGCGAGUAGGCAGGAGGCAUCAAAGGUCUUGAGGAAAUUGUCUAUCCUGUCGACAAGGAAGAUGGAUGAAAGAUUGGCUGAGCUUCAAGUGAGCUGGCCCAAGCUGGAUAUCGACCACCUGGAGGUCUGGUUUGAUCGCUUCAAGAGUCUGUCAGAAGCGAUACUCAACGAGGUCCAUUGGUAACGGUAUACAUGUCAUCCAUCAUUCGUCCCUGAAGGGUCGGCCACUCUCAUAGUUCUCAUGUGUGGAAGAUACGUUCAGCACAUACAUCCUUCCUUGGGAGUAUUUACUCCUUCUCGAGCGAUUUGUAGCAUCAUAAUCAUGCAUUGUAGCGACC